AGGCGGCCCCGCGGUUCACCUGCUGUUUUGCGACAAAGUGAAACCGGUGCGGGCGGCAGCCUCCGAGCGUGCUUUCGCGGCGGGCCGUGGAGAGCGUGGUUAACCGGAGACCUGAGCGCCCGCGCGGGGCCGGGCCGGCUGGGCGGGGCUGGGGGCAUCCGAGGGAGGCCGUCCAGGGGAGGGUCCUGGGGGAGGGUCCUGGGGGCGGGCCCGGGGCGGGGCCUGUGGGCGGGCCCCGGGGGCGGGCCGGGCCGGGCCGGGAGCGGAGUCGGGGCUAUGGCAGCGCCCGCGGACCCGCGGCGGCUGUGCCGGCUGGUGCAGGAAGGUCGGCUGUGCACCCUGCGGGAGGAGCUGCGGACGGCGGGGCGCGCCGGCUGCGCGGGGCCGUCCGGGGACACUCUCCUGCACUGCGCCGCGCGCCACGGCCGCCGGGACAUUCUGGCCUAUCUGGUCGAGGCCUGGGGCCUGGACCUCGAGGCCGCCAACCGAGACUACAAGCGGCCGCUGCACGAGGCCGCCGGCAUGGGCCACCGGGACUGCCUGCGGUACCUGCUGGGCCGAGGCGCCGCGGUGGACUGCCUGAAGAAGGGUGACUGGACUCCUCUGAUGAUGGCUUGCACAAGGAGGAAUCUCGAGGUGGUCCAGGACCUCGUGGAGCACGGCGCCAAUCCACUGCUGAAGAACAAAGAUGGCUGGAACAGUUUCCACAUUGCCAGCCGAGAAGGCGACCCUCUGAUCCUUCAGUACCUGCUCGCUGUUUGCCCCACCGCCUGGAAGACAGAGAGCAAGAUUGGGAGAACCCCACUGCACACGGCAGCAAUGCACGGCUGUUUAGAGGCAGUAGAGGUGCUCCUUCAGAGGUGCCAGUAUGAACCCGACUGCAGGGACUCGUGUGGCCUCACACCCUUCAUGGACGCCGUUCAGUGUGGACACGUCCAUGUAGCCAGGCUGCUCCUCGAAAAACACAAGGCUUGCGUGUCCGCCGAGGACUCCCUGGGGGCCCAGGCCAUCCACUGGGCAGCAGUCACUGGGCACAAUGAGGCCAUCCAGUUCCUGGUCUCUGAGCUUGGCAUCGACGUAGAUGUGCGAACAGCCUCCACCCACCUCACAGCACUUCACUACGCAGCUAAGAUUUCUUUGUUUAUUUUGGCUGCACUGGGUCUUAGUUGAGGCACAUGGGAUCUUCGUUGCAGCAUGCGGACUCCUAGUUGCGGCAUGUGUACAGGAUCUAGUUCCCCGACCAGGGAUCAAACCCAGGUCCCUCGCGUUGGGAGCAUGCCGUCCCACCCACUGGACCACCAGAGAAGUCCCCAGAAGAUUUCUUUGACUAAGACAAGGGAAUUGCAUUUUCUGGACUUUCUGAUGUGUAAAGUAUUGAAGACACACAGAAGUUUUCGCUAGAAAAGUAGCUGCUAUCUUUCAUAUGAUUGACCACCUGCCUUUACUUGUUUUUCUAGCAACAGGAAUAAAUGUUUUUCCAGUGAACUGCGCUCUCCUGCCUGUGUUCCCCCUUUGAGAACGUGGAUAUACAGUUGAGGGUGGGCUAAGAGUGUGGUCUGUGGCCACGGCGGGGUAAAAGCAAGAUUGAACCCACAGCCUUGGUUUCGGUCUCAGCACGAACUGACAGGCUAACUGGCUGGAGAGAAGGUGUACCGAUUGCUUCACAGAUGCAAAUGCCACCUGUGAUAAGAACCCCAUCCAGGGGAGGUUAGACUCUUUUCCAGUUUAUUUCUCCGCUCAACAUUUAGCAAGGAGUGUGUUUGCUUGGGAGAUUUAGAUUUGUGUAUUCUGAGUAAAUCACAAGAUUUAUGCUCCUUACACUGAGGGAAACCCAACCAUAGUGGUCAAUAAUCUGGCUACAAAGUUGAUCAUCUAUAUUCUAAUAACUAAACAUCAUCUACAUCGUUGAUGAUUUAUGCUUGAUUUCGAGAGUGAUGUGACAAGCCUUCCUUUAAAUGUGAAAAUUCAGUUUUAGCAGUUGAGUACUUUAGAAAAAGCACCUAAUGUGCAUUAGAGUUUAUGUUUAAGGCUUGCUUCUGUCGUCAAUACAGUGGUAACAAGCUUAUUUCAACACUCAGGAAGGACAUGUAAGCACAGUCCAGACGCUCUUAUCCUUGGGUGCUGACAUCAACUCCAAGGAUGAGAGACAUCGAUCAGGUACGACCUCGUUUUAUAUGUGCUUUGAAAAUUAUUAGUAACUGAAUGUAAACAAU